GAUAGAGGAGGAAGCCAUUGCGAAUCCCAAAGCUGCAUCGCACUUCCUAUUAUAAAUUAUUUUGAAUAAUGGUAAUCCUCUUAAGGACAAUAAAUGGUCACUUGCUUUCUUUGUCAUAGACAAAGUUGUAUUUGAUAGCAAGUCAUCUGUUGAGGUCUUCACAAAACAAUAAAAAAGGGUGCUUUAAUCAACUCAAGCGCCAUCUGCAAUUUAUUCUCAUCCAUUGUUCAUAUUUGAAUGGAGGGAGCAUUAAAAUAGCACAUUUCCUGUCCUAGGCCUUAUUCAUUUUCAGGUUUCUUUCAUGCAAUUUUAAAUUUGCGUGUCACUGAGUUGUUUGUGAAUUAUUUCAAGUCGUCAUCGCGUUCAAAUUAAUUCUACUCAUCAACCCGUGCUUUGCUAGUCAUUAUCAAGAUCUCUCAGGACUUUCCACACAGUUAAAUACUCGCUAGGGAUUUAUGGUCCAAAGAUGGAUGAUGCUGGAUAACAAAUCAAGAUGUGCGACUGGUAAAGUAAUGGUGAAAUUGAUUUCAGUCCAGCGUUGUAUAACGUAUGUUUGCGGCGCUUUGUAACAGCGCACAAAUGGUUUAAAAUAGUAAGAACUCCCAACUAGGCCGCGUUCUCCGGUAUGGACAGUGACCCAUGUAACCAUCAAAAUGUGAAGCCAAGGUGGUACCUUUCAGGUUUAAACUAGCUACAACGGGAUUCAUGUAGAACAGUUGUUGGCACUUUGGAGAAAUGGUUCCACAUCAAGAGAAUAUAAACUGUUUAUAUUCUCUUGUCCCCCAUGUAUGAGAGGGUAAGGAGGACAGAUUCUACCGAUGUGUUUGCGGACCAGUCUCCCUGAUUUUCCUGCUUCUUUUUGGUUAAUUUCAGUGCAGAGCCACGCAAAUAAUAGCAUUAUUACAUCGCCGAACCCGUCUUGUCGCUAAAGACUGGGAACUAGUAGACGGAAGACGGUUGCAUCAUGAGAUCGAGGCGGGAGGAAGAGUAAAUUUAAGGAAAACAAAUUGCUGUCAUAUCUUUUGCAAGGCUUAAAAGAAAAGCAAUUUGACUUUGGAGGAAACUACUGCUAUAAAGUGCAUUUGUAAAAUGUCAAACGAGCGGCGAGAUCGACGGCUACGGGAGAAUGAGCGGGAGUCUCGAACACAUAGGUCUUCCUCGCACAGACAUCGUUCAAAUGAAACCCAUAAACAUGAUCAUGAUCGAAGACAUCGAAGACAUCGUCACCGACGCAGAAUACCUCAUCCAGAAAUGGAGCCUCGGUCUUCCACACACAUAUACUUUAAUGGAUCGGCAAGUAAUGUGCCUUCCGUUUCAGUUCACACUGACCAUGUUACCUUGGCUUCCAGUUUGAACUCGUUUAAUGAAGGAAUGGACACAUUGCUUGAUAAUUGCUUUGAGCUACUGGGUCGUCUGCGAAAGAAUCCCAUUGUUUAUUCCGGGAAUUCACAACAAACAAGUUCUAAUGGGAAACGUGGGGUUAACCAUUCUAAUUUAGCAGCCGUGCCGACAUCUCAAAAAACCAAAACCAGUGAGGUAAAUUUAAUAGUUCGUUACAGAACAAAUUUAUAUUCAGCCAUGUCCAGGCGGGACUUUCCCAGACUAUUACGUAAACCACUCAACUAUGAUUCAACUUGCCUCACCAAUCCAAUAUGGAGGCUUGAUUACUUGAUCAGAAUAAUUAGUGCUCACUCUCCAAAGAGUAUGCCUGCUAAGUGGGCUAAUUUUCAGCUUGCUCUCUAUUUUCAGAUUUGCAAAACCCUUACACCCCUUUCUGAGUUGGUAAUAGAUGGAUUUAUCCAGGGGAUUUUAGAAUCAGUGCCUGAAGAUAUGAAGAGUGUGGAGUUUACUCCUGAAGGCUUCUGGAGAAUCAAAGAGGGCAGUGAAUCAUUCUUGCCAAUCAAAAAGUCUUCUGUUGACUGUUACAGUGACUCCAAUCAACAAAAUACUGUUAUUGAUCUGACAUUUGAUACACCACCAAAAAUUGUACCCAAGAAGAUUUCUAAUGGUGAUGAAAAUUGUGGUGGAAGUAAUCCACAAAUUCAAGUCAUAGAUCUCACAGUGUCUCCUUAACCCUUUAGCUCCCAUUAGUGAUCAAGAAAGAGUUUCUCCUUACUACAUCUGUAAAAUAUCAUG